AUGGAGAGUUAUUUUGCAACUCAACGGGAGAACAUCUUUCGCAACGUCGAAGUUCUAAUUUAUGUGUUCGAUGUAGAGAGCCAAGACUCCAAAAAGGAUAUGGCAUACUACCGUUCCUGUUUGGAGGCCAUUAAUGAACACUCGCCUGGUGCAAAAAUCUUCUGCCUUGUCCAUAAAAUGGACCUCGUCAGUGAGCCUAAACGUAGCGCCGUUCUCACUGAGCGCGAAAGACAGCUCAUUGCUGCUACCCGACCUGACCAGUGUGUCUGCUUCGGAACCUCAAUUUGGGAUGAGACUCUAUACAAGGCCUGGUCAAGGAUAGUCUAUCAAAUGGUACCUAAUGUGCAAGCUCUAGAAAAGAAUCUCAUCCAGCUCUGUGAUGUGCUUGAGGCAGACGAGAUCAUUCUAUUCGAGAGAUCCACUUUUCUAGAAAUCGCCUGCCACACCACCAAGGAACACCCGGACCCACAUCGGUUUGACAAAAUUAGUACAAUUAUUAAACAGUUCAAGUUGUCAUGCAGCAAAGCCGGUGCCAACUUCACCGCCAUCGAAUUACAAACUCCAAACUUUUCAGCUUUCAUUGACGUCUUUACACCCAACACCUACGUCAUGGUGAUAAUGUCCGAUCCAACAAUCGAGUAUUUAUUGGGUUUUAGCCUCCUCUGCUACCCUUCUCAACAUCCGAAACGCCAAGAAGUACUUCGAGAAACUGGAAAAGGUGGAGACACCUCACUCGGCUAUCAGCGAAAAUAUACUGGUACUUUGAGCCUCGCCAUGUCAUUUAAUGAUGAUGACAUGUUUAUCGACGACGUGGAGCUCUCAGUAGCCUACUCCUCUGACGAUAACUCAGAGCCCGAUGUUGACUUGGAGAAUCAGUACUAUAACGCUAAAUCACGCAAGGAUGACAAUCCCGACGCAGCCAUUGAGGAAUUUAAGAAAGUCCUGGCCAUCGAAGCCGAGGGUGGCGCCAAGGGUGAUUGGGGCUUUCGAGCGCUAAAACAAAUGAUCAAAUUGAAAUUUCGUCUGGGUCGACUUGAUGACAUGAUGGAGGACUAUCGCACUCUCCUUACUUAUAUCAAAACAGCUGUGACUCGAAAUAACUCGGAGAAGUCUAUCAACUCUAUUCUGGAUUACGUAUCCACUUCUAAGCAGAUGGACCUUCUACAGACCUUCUAUAAUACCACUUUAAACGCCUUGAAGGAUGCAAAGAACGAGCGGCUGUGGUUCAAGACAAACACCAAAUUGGGCAAGCUCUUCCUCGAGCAGGGCGACUAUGUACAGCUGCAGCGGAUCAUUCGAGAGCUGCGAGAGUCCUGUCAGACGGAUGAGGGCGAAGACGAUCUGAAAAAAGGCACUCAGCUAUUGGAGAUCUACGCACUUGAAAUUCAGAUGUACACAGCACAGAAGAACAACAAGAAGUUGAAGGCGCUAUACGAGCAGUCGCUACAGAUCAAAUCAGCCAUCCCGCAUCCUAUGAUCAUGGGCAUUAUCAGAGAGUGUGGAGGAAAAAUGCACCUUAGGGUGGGGGAGUAUCAGCGGGCACACACUGACUUCUUUGAAGCAUUCAAGAACUACGAUGAAUCAGGAUCUCCGCGCCGGACCCAGUGCCUGAAGUACCUCGUUCUCGCAAGUAUGCUUUCUAAGUCUGGCAUUAAUCCCUUCGACUCACCAGAGACGAAGCCUUACAAAAUGGACCCACAGAUAGUUGCCGUUACGAGUUUAGUUACAGCCUACCAGAACAACGACGUGAAGGGGUUCGAGCGUAUCCUACGAGAGCAGCGUGAAUCCAUCAUGAGCGAUGAUUUUAUACGAGAACAUAUCGAGGACCUGUUGCAUAACAUUCGCACCCAAGUGCUGGUAAAACUGCUGCGGCCCUACACCCGUAUCCGUCUACCAUUCAUCUCACGCCAGCUAGACCUGGAGCCUCGGGAGGUGGAGGCUCUCCUGGUGGCGUGCAUCCUCGACGGGACCAUUGCCGGUCGCAUCGAUCAGGCUGCCGAGGUGCUUAUCCUUUCGCCCCCCAAUCCAUCUUCUGUGGAAGCGCGCUACGAGGCGAUUAAUAGGCUGGCGUCUAGUCUAUCUGCUCUCAUGAACGUGAUUGUCAUGCAGGCUGGAAUCACAACUUCCUGA